UUGCAAAUCUUAAUAGACAGUUCAAAUCAUGUCGGAAAUGUUGAAACAGUCUUAAAGGCAGAACUGUGACAAAACCUAAAUGAAUAAACUGAUGCUUUCAGAGAGUUGAAUAUCUUGAUUGGUAAUUUUUGUUCUCAACAGGAUGGUGUGGUGUAGCCCACUUUUACACAGUUGUCCCAAUCUCCUAUUUUGCCUGUGGUGGAGAGAUAUCUUUCUGGGGAAUUAAGGAGAUAGAUAUCUUUAGAAUUCAUCACAUGGGAUUUUAUACAUAAGAUAGAUCUGAAAUGUUUUCAUCUUAAAUUGGUUGCUCAGAAUUUCAUCUAAAAUUGGUUACUAGAACACCUUUUGAACUCCUGAGUCACUCACAUAGAUAUGCAGUUAUAGUUGCUGAGUAUGUGAGAAGCAGGGGGUUCUUUUUAAGUCCUGGGCAUUAAAAAAAUUGAGGAAGAUAUUUGAUGGUUUUUGACAACCAGCUGCAAUGUGGGAUGUUGGUCUUGGUUUCUUUGUUUUUCAGCUUGAGCUGGUUUCAUUGUAGUUUGUAGUUAGUUGAUCAUAAUCCACCUGUAAUUAAGGGGUCCUCUUAGAGGCAAUUAUUCCUUUCCUGAGGGCCAGCACCUCCUAGCAUCCCUGGGAUUUUAUGCUAGCAAGAAGUCCUUGUAGGGUGGGGAUGUAACAUAAGGGUUUACCUCUCCCACUCACAUCCCUUUAUAGAUAUUUGCUUAACCUGUGUUGACGGAAAUAAGAGUCUCAAUGAUAGUUAGACAAAAAAAAAUUAUUAGGUAAUCAUAUUGAAAAUUCAAAUCCGGAAGCAGUACCAUAGAUUUUACUCUGAGAACUGUUUAAACAAUGACAAGUUCGUCAUACAGCGCGUCAUUGACAUAAAAAAAAAUGUAAAUUCCUGUGUGUGGUGGGGAGGCUUGUGGUUUUUGUCUAUAGGCUUAACGCUUUCUAUUUCCUGAGUUAUCUUGACCUAAAGACAUGUUGAUAUUAUCAACUCAAGAGAAAGGGAAAUCCUGGGGUUUAAUUCAUGAUUUCUAAAGAAUGCACUGUGGAGAAGAAAAUGCUGGGUUGGGUACCCAUUGCUUAAAUCAUCUUUAUAGGGCUCCUUGUUCUGUAGUAGGGGUUGAAAGGCUGGUUAACUUGCCGGUGGCAGAUUUUUGAAUAGCUGCUUCACAGAAAAGGAACUGGGCCUCUGAUUGCAAGUCUGUUUGGAUGGCUUUGCUCUCCUGCCUCUUAGGCCAGAGGUGGGGGUUGUUCCCUGAACAGUUACAGUCUUCACACCCUUAAGACAUAAAGAAUGCAUGUUUUUUUACUUAGCAAACGUUUAUAGAAUGCUUACCCUGUGUCAGGCAUUGUUCUGAACACUUUACAAAUAUUAACUCAUUAAUCCUCUUAGCAAUGACUUUUAUUCCCAUUUUUAUUUCAACUGGGAAAUAUUAAAGAUCUUGCCCACAGUCUCCCUGCUGUUAGGUGCCAGGGGCUUGAGAUUGUAGCAGACAAUUUGGCCCUACCUUCCUAUGCUGUGCUGCGGCAGAAACAGAAACAGGAAGAGAAUUUAUACAUGCUGUGUCCUGAGGUCAGCGGUCGACUUGGAACUGAAACUGGUAAGGUAGCCAGCUACCUUCCAGGAAUUCAGUCACCCUUCCUUAGGGUACCAUGUAAUUUUAGCAUCCAAACUCUGACACUUUGGAGGGUGAAAUAGGGUCUUUCUGUAACUACUUGCACAGCAGCAUCAACAAAUUUGGCCCAGCACACUCUGGGUGCACUAAAACCCAGGCGGGAUUUCAAGAAGGAACAGGCUGCUGGCAGCACCAUCCCUUCCCUGGGAGACUUUUGGGAGUUUGUUACUGAAGUGACCUUUGGCUCUUUUAACUUCGGAGUGUUCUGUGACUUGCAUGUGAACCCUCCUUCCUUACCCCCCUACCAAACCCCACCAGCUGCUAAGGUCCUAGGCCCUGAUGUGGCACAGAAUAGGGGCAUUCCAAAAGCUCUUUGGGCUCAGGUGAGGCCUUGCAAAAAAAACAGUAUUUGAAGAAGAGCAAAGGUACAAAACAUCUCCUAGCUGCCCUGGAGAAGUGAGUCUCCCUGGGCCAUAGAAGUACCUUAGAAACUGAAAGAGAAAGAGAUUUCAAACUUGAUUGUGCUUUAGUUGAACCUGGGGAGUAAUUAAGCCUUGAGCAUAGACCUCCCCUGGGCUUUCAUCAGUGUGUUGUUUUCUAGAUAUUGUCACUGCUUUCUCUUUCUAGAGGUCAGGUUGUUGACACUUUGGUAAUAUAUGUAUUAGUAGUUGUUGUAAUGGUCUGUCCUCUGUGAAAUGAGCCCAGAAUUGUGUAAUAUACCAAUUAGUAUAAGAUUCCCCAGUAGAAGUGCUAUGGGCUCAUUGAAGAUUCGAAUCGAUUCUGUACUGGGCUAUUUUAUUGAGGAGAUUGAUAUCAGGAUCUUUCUGAUCCUCCCCUGUAUCUAGGAACUGGAAAUUUUUAAGCAAGACUGCCUUGUGUUUUAGAGUUGUUCUGGUGAAAGAUCAGCCCUUCUUCUGAAGGGGUUUCUCUUAUAGAGAAGGUAGGAAAGUGAACAUUACCUUUUGAAACUAAGGAAAAUAAGGGAUUGCUGAGUGUUUUUCUGCAGUCCUGUGAAUUCUGAUGCUUGGGAGCUUUGAUAUUAGAACCAAAUUUAUGUUAGAGUGUUUUUUUAUCUCUUGCCAAAUGUUUUUCCUGUUCUGGAAUUCCAACAAAUGUGGCAGCCCUGGGAUGCCAAUUUUCUGAAAUAAACCUUUUCAACCCUCCCACUCUUUAGAGUUGUUGGAAUCUGAGCAACAUGCAAUUUGAAUGAAAAAGAAGACUGUAGGGAGCUCUUUGUCUCUGAAGUGCCAGGGGAGGCUUGUGCUGAUGGAUGAGCAGGAGCAGGGACAAUGAACCUACUGCUGAGGCCCCCUCUGAAGUAAAGAUACCUCCAGGUGUGGAGCAGGGCCAGGGGCCACAGACAAAAGUCUCUGGUGCAUAAUAGGACAGUCUUGGUGUGGCACUGGGAUUCAGUGGCAUGAUGGUGUGCACAGAGGCCAAAAAGCAUUGCUGGUAUUUUGAAGGAUUAUACCCAACAUAUUACAUAUGCCGCCCCUAUGAGGACUGCUGUGGCUCCCGGUGCUGCGUGCGGGCCCUCUCCAUACAGAGGCUCUGGUAUUUCUGGUUCCUCUUGAUGAUGGGUGUGCUUUUCUGCUGUGGAGCUGGCUUCUUUAUCCGGAGGCGCAUGUACCCCCCACCGCUGAUCGAAGAACCUGCGUUCAACGUGUCCUACACCAGACAGCCACCGAACCCCACUGCAGGAGCCCAGCCCCCCGGGCUGCCAUAUUACACCGACCCUGGAGGACCGGGGAUGAAUCCUGCCGGAAAUCCCAUGGCGAUGACUUUCCAGAUCCAACCGAAUUCACCCCAGGGAAGCACAGCCUACCCACCACCUCCUUCCUACUGCAACACUCCCCCACCCCCCUAUGAACAGGUGGUAAAGGCUAAAUAGAAGAUGCUGCUGGCACCUGCCUGUGUGAUGUCGCAGGGGACCCAGGGAAAGCCUCUGUCCUCGGCCUCCCUGUCUCCAUCUGUGUUCACUUCCAGGAACGGUCUCAUGAGCCACCAAGGGCAGAUGCCUCUCUGGUAUUCAGUGCAAGCCCGGCCCCCUUUCAGGUUUCCUGUGGAGGACCAAUGUUUGAAUUCACCCCAUGUCUCUCCCCGUUGCUUCUGUUUCUGAUGUAAUCUGUGGUCUGGCAGAGUGUGAGCAAUACCCAAGGGCUGACACUCUCAGGGGGCACCCAGAUCCUCAGGAGAGACUAGAAGGAGGCAGCGAGGCAGAGCCAGCGUGUGCAGGUGGCCUGGGGGGGACGCCAAGGGGCCGGCUGCCUCCCACCACAUGGAAGGGCCCACACACCACAGGCAGCAUGACUGGAAUGAGACUCCUCAGUUGCCACUUUGGGCCUGUUGUCCUUUCAGUCUUCCUCUUUGAGAAGAUGUUAAAUAUUCAGUGGAGAAGAGCCUCUUAGCACUUUCUGUCUCUACUCACUUCCCGAAGAUGAGGGAGGCUCCCUUCUGUGUACUGGCACUGGAAGAGCUGAGCACGGCCUUCGCCCGUGGAGAUGUGGAUCCAGACUCACCUGAAAAUCACUAAGGAAAGUUAUUUAAAUUCCUUGCCUCAAACUGGGACCUGGUGUUUGUUGAGCUCUUGGUCUAACUUGGAAAAUAUAAUUAUUUCCCCCUUUUAGUGUAUUUAUGGAAGCUGUGUAGGGUCCCAUCCUUAGAGGUCAGUAGCUUUCUGUUCUUUGUCACGAUGAGAUCUCUGCACCCUUCCCUGAGGCAGUUCUGGUGGGCUUGAUGGACACUUUCAAGUCCGGGAGUCGUAGCGACCCAUCAGAGAGGUAUCCCAGCAGGGCACGCUCAACAGAUUCAGGCCAGGGCCCUGGGUUAACCUCAGAAGAUGCGUGAUGGACUCUGAGGAGGAGGAAUUUGCUGGGAAAAACACAGGAAAGCAAAAUUCCAGGACAGCAGGUAGAUCUAAAAUUGAAUUGACUUCACUGACACUGUAAUCAGAUAGAAUGAAAUACAAGUUCUGGAUUAGAAGCAGGGUCCCCCAGGAUCUUGCAAGUGGUCACUGGGUGUGGACAGUGAGCAGGGGUCAGUGUUGGAGGGCAAAGCAGCGCAGUGUCCAUCCCUGUGUGUGUAGUUGUGGGACUGGUGGGGGGAGGGGUUUAUUUUUAAUGAACUAAUUAGAGCCUCUUCAGAAAUUGUUGCUCAUUGAACUUGAGCAUCAGCGUAGCUCAGUGGAGUAGAUACCUGAUAUUUUCUUCCCUUUAGACCAAGAGUCUGAUUGUCUCUGCUCUGCUGGGACAUUUUAUGAGCUUUGGGGGAGGUGGAGGGCAGGGUGUUGAGGAAUUGGGAUGUGGCCACAGCCACUGCUCAAAGGAUUGGGAAUCUGGGAGCCUCUGGGGAAUUCCACAGGAAAUGCCCUGGAAACACAGUUCGUGAACAUAGAUGCUGCUGCCCGGUCUUUGACCACCCUCGAGUGACCUCUGAACUACUGUCCCUGACUCAGGACCUUUCACCUUUGGGUCCUUGAUUCAAACAAAACAACAAAGCACAAUGUUUGCUGUUUACAACCAGGGACAACAUGGUCCAAAAAGUUCCUCCUCCUCUAGGUCAUUUGUUUUACCUUUUUAACUUCAGUUUCUCCCUUUACUUUUUUAAUACAGAAGCACACUAGAGCUGCCCCUGGAAGUGAAUCUUGGUGUGGCUGAGGAGCACCCAGAUGUCCAUGAUUAAACCUUGUAUGUCUUUUUGAUAGCAAAUGGUCUUAAGCGAUUGAAUGACUUAGGUAGUGCUCAGCAAUUUUAUAUUCCCGUGUUUGUGUAAAUUAAAUCUUGUUUUCUCUUGAACCUGGGUGAGAACCUGCUGCAGUGAACACUGAUACCAUGUGAAAAUUCCAUUGUGGCGACAUUUCCCCGAGUCCUCGUGUCCUGUGUGUUGUUGGUGGAUGGCGCCCACCUCUUAGACUGAGUCGGCCUGUGUGUUACAGCUCUGUAGUCAGUGGUUAGGUGUGAACUUGGAGCAGAUUGAUGCAUGUUUUUCUUCUGCAACACUUGGCUCAUUUCUUUUUUGUUGUUCUCUUUUGAUAGGGUUCUGUUUCCUAUGUAUGCAAAAUAAAAAUAAAUUUGGGCAUGU